AUGGCCCUUGAGCCCAGCUCUGGCCGUAAGUCGGUAUCUCCUGCGAGCUCAGGAAGAGCAUCACCAGUUUCAAGAAAAUGGAGGAACCAGUUAGGUGGAGGUAGAGCUCCCAUCUCUUAUAUUUUACAUGGCAGAACUGACUAUUUAACAGACGAACUUCCGAACAAAGACAAAGCAUUCCGCAGAUAUGCAUCUGGUGUCGAUCGUUCACUCUCGCUGUUUGACACAGCCUUACAGGAAUGGGCGGAUUACAUUUCUUUUUUGGGGAGGCUAUUGAAGUCGUUACAAGCCCAUCCUACCAAUAUAGCUGCUGUCCCGUCUAAAGCAAUUGUCGCAAAACGUCUUGCUCAAUGUUUAAAUCCUUCACUACCUUCAGGUGUACACCAAAAAGCUCUUGAAGUUUAUGGAUAUAUCUUUUCAAUGAUCGGAACAGAUGAAUUGUCUAAAGAUUUACCCCUUUACCUACCGGGGUUGUCUACCACUUUGUCAUUUGCAUCCCUUUCUGUGAGAGGGCCAUUCCUUGAACUUCUAGAAAAGCAUAUACUCAGGGUUGAUGGACGAUCACUACGACCAGCUUUGAAGGCAAUUAUCCUUGCUUUACUGCCUGGUCUUGAGGAGGAAAAUAGUGAUGAGUUUGAACGCACAUUGAAGUUACUUGAUGGUUUCAAACAUGCUGUCAGACCUUCUGGCACUGAAGAUUUGGGGCAAAAUCACAGUAGUGGGGACGAAUAUUUCUGGCAGUGCUUCUUUCUCGCUGCAAUAACGAGUAAUGGUCGUCGAUUGGGAGCAUUGGCCUAUCUCAAUCGCAAUCUCCCGACACUCGGGCAGUCGCUUUCCGAGCAAAGCACUUCAUCAUCCAAUGGGCCUCAUAAUGAUGUGACUACGAAUCAAUCUCAAUUGGCUGAAAUUGUUACUUCUCCUGAGCCUGGCUUGCUUUUACGAUGUUUUGCUGCUGGCUUAGGUGAUGAGCAAAUCUUAAUUCAGCGUGGAUUUUUAGAUCUCCUUGUCACUCAUUUACCUCUACAUUCGAAUGUUUUACAACAGCGAGUCAAACCAGAAGACCUCGAGCUUCUUGUCAGCGCCGCGGCAGGGGUUGUGACUCGACGUGAUAUGAGCUUGAAUCGACGUCUAUGGACGUGGCUUUUAGGACCUGAGCCAGCUGGUCAUGACAACGAGAAUGGUCCAGAAUCCCCAACAUCGCUUACUGGAGAUCAUCUCGGGUUACACGCUUCUUCAAGGACACAAUACUUCGAGAAUUAUGGUCUUCAUCCACUUACGCAAGCUUUGCUUAAAUUAAUCCGACGGGAGGCUAUCAACCCUAUUGAAAAGGCCCGACCGUUCCGGAUAUGUCUUUCUUUAAUGGACCGAUGGGAGAUUGGUGGACUUGUCGUUCCGGACAUAUUCCUAUCUGUUGUCACUAGCGUCAGAGAGUAUAAGAGUAAGGCAGCGAACAAAGCCGACUUUGCCGAAGUUCUUCGAAGUGCUAGCGUCUUUUUUGAUGGGGUCGAAAGUGGUCUGAUUUGGGGUGAAAUUGUUGGGCUGAUUGCACAAGCAUUGGCUCCUGGAAAGCUAUCAACCGAGGAGCAGAUUGAUAAAUUGUCCCUCGUUACCUUUAUAAUCAACCACUUCAAUGUACGAGAAGAAGAAAUGCUGCUGAUACACGCUCCAUUAGCAACUUUGACAAUAUUAAGUAUACUGGAAGAUGCUAAGGAAAGGACGCAGGAGCGCGCAGAAACGGUCGGUGUCGCGAGUGAAGUUGAAAGAUUAGCCUUAAACCUUGUUAUGGAUUUAAGCGAUCUUAUUCCAGAACGGGCCUUUCAACUGCGGCCUCCCACUGGCCAGUCAAUGGCCAAACAUGAUGACGACGAAUUCAGACACCUCUCGAAUACCGAAAUAAUACGUAAUAUGAAAACAUUCUAUGUUCAAGAGCAAGGGAAUUUAGAUGCAUUUCCCCCACCAUUCUCAGCUCGUGAUCUAAGCGAAUUGCUCGUCCGCGAAAGUGGUAGCAUAGCUAACGAGAGUUUGUCAAGUUCAGUGUCAAGUGCUGAUGCUGGCGCUAAGACCAGGCUCCUUGUCAUGCUACUCGCUAAACUGCCCAAGGUUAGGAGCCUUGAUGUCUCGGGACUGCUAAAGUCUAUGCAAAGCAAAUUGAGCAUACCAUCUCAACUUCCAUUCAUUGCAUUCACGUCUAUCAUGUCUCUUUGUACGAGUCUUUACUCAAAUCAUUACAUCUCAUUGCCACAGCUAUCCAGUCUAGUAGAUCCUCUCGUUCGCUUAGCUUGGUCAUAUCUUUCUGCUACUCAUCCGAAGUACCAUGUCGAGACCGUUCGAAGUCUUUGGCAAUUACAGACAACACUCACACUCGAUAACCACGACAUUGAAGCCUCGAUAUGUAAUUUAAUGAUAGACAUUUUGUGGACCCAUUCUCUACAAGAUAAUGUCGGUCACCUUGACCGUAGAAGCUCGAACAAUGAUAUCAAGAGUAUACCUCGACUUUCUGGUAUUGGCAAUUAUGAAGUUAUGCUUGCGAGACCUCUCUUCCUUUUACUUGAUGCGCUUGUUGAUGAACGAACGCAACUUUUCAUGACCGUCAGAAUUUGGCUGCAGAGUCUCGUUGGUAUUGACAGGUUAUUUCAUAUUUUUGUCGCAAAGUUCUCGAGCUAUAGUUUUCUUUACACAAAUUUUGAAGAUGCUGGGACCACGGCGCAUCACAACAUGCGUAUCUAUACAGAUGAAGAUGACCUAGAUCAAUGUCUGUAUCAUCUCCAAACACUGUCUAAUGUAUUGCGAUGGUCUUCGGAUACUACUUGGGCGGCACUUGCUCAUAAUAGCAUUUCUACAGACAGAUCUCAUCGCUCUCUAUUUCAAAUCACUGGUCGGGAUGAAGAAAUUACGCUCUUGGAAUUCUUUCUACAUGUGUGCUUGCAAGCAAUAUCGGGGACCUAUGAACCGGACAACUCGGAACGAAAACCACAUAUCCAUCAGUUCCAUCGUACUGCUCUAACUCUCCUACAUCAAAUUUUAUUGAGCCCAUACUCUUUAUCGUUAGGCGAGCUGCAGUUGGAGCAUGUUUUGAUCCAGAGACUAAGCCACUCUUUAACUGGUGCCGAUCCCUUCAUUCAGGUUCUGCUCCUCGAUGUGGUCUAUGCUGCUUUAAAGAUUCGACCCGUUAUCAACCCCCCACCACCGUCGCCUACUCUCAAAAAGCGCUCUACCACUAUGACCUCCACUAUGACUCACCAUGACAACGCGUCCGUUUCUUCACUCGGAAUUGACCAGGGUGAACACACAGGACCCUUCUUACCUCCUCCGCCACCGUCACUAGUGAAGUGCUUGCAGGCAGGGUUUGAGGCUGCUUCGAGUAGGCCGGUUCUGGAUAGUUGGGUCAGCUUUUUGACGGAAUGUCUACCAUUCUAUUCCGAAACAAUUUUCCAAAUCCUUAUACCACUAGUCGGAACUCUUUGCGCACAGAUUGAACAAACUUUUACUAAUCUCCAAACCACAUUUAAGGAGCCUGGUAUGGCGUCUGAGGGCUUUGCGGCUCCUGAAUCCACGUUGAUAUCUCUCCUCAACGGACUUGAGUUUGUGCUUGCGAAGGGGCAUGACCGAUUACUGAAAGAUGAGACGAAGGCACCUAUUGCCAAAAGUCCCGAUCAACCACAAGGAUUUUUUGGAAACAUGGUCUCCGGCGUCUUCAACUCGGAGACACCACAAGCAAGAAGCAUAACUGCCAAUAACCGGCUGACUGUACUGCUCUCAUUCCAAGAUGCUGUUCGAAUUUGCUUCCUCAUUUGGUCAUGGGGUGGCCAAGAUGGAGCUCAGGAUAGUGAAUCCACUGCAUCCUUCAAUUACACCUCUCUGCGCAUGCGGAACCGCGCCCGAAGACUUCUUGAACAUCUUUUCACAGCUGAGGCACUAGAAUGCUUGGAGACAUUGGUUGAAAUUGGGAAAAAGUCUUCCAAUGAUAACGACCCACGACCUAUUAUUAUCUUCAAUCUUCUUCAUGUUCUUGACGGCUCAAGACCAAAGCAUACAAUUCCUGCAAUUUUCAAUGCUAUUUAUAGUCGGACGAACCCAAAUGCCCUGGAUCCAUCAAGGAAGUCGACUUUGACAUCCCCGUUGAGCGAUACAGACUUGGUGACAUUUUUAGUGGAAUAUGCAAGAUCGUUAGAGGAUGAUGCCAUGGAUGAAAUUUGGGUGGAUUGUAUGACUUUUCUCAAAGAUCUAUUGGCAAAUCCAUUUCCACAUCGACAAACGCUCCCUAGUCUUCUGGAAUUUGCCGCCAUUUUAGGUGUGAAGGUUGACAAUACCAAUUUUGGAGAGCAGCGUCGAAUGCGAAGAGAAUUGGGAGAUCUAUUCCUCCGACUACUUACUGCAAUGUUCACUACUAGACCUAUGGGAUUCUCUGAAAGUGUAGAGAAGCUGACAGAGUUCGAUCAGCGGUCUUCUUCAUCUCGUUCUUCACCAAGGUCCGACGAUGUCGUUAGGAUUCUAGCAUCUAUUGCGCCAAAUCUACCUAAAGUGCUUGUCGAAAAUGAUCGAAUACUGAAUGCGGCGAAUACCAUCUCAUCGAGUGUCAUUGGACCAACAUUUAAGUCCAGAUCCUUUCCAGAUAAUGUUUCUAAGAGUACUUUAGAACUACUAUAUCAGCUUUCCAGGCUUCCUAACACGCAAAAAUCAUGGCGAAAGGAUCUUGGUGACGCAUUCAACGAUUCUCGCUUCUUCGCAAAUAACAUCAAUCUCGUUGAAAGUGAUUGGCUGCCAUUACUCAGGCAAUGGACCUUGAGCGACAAAGAACGAAUGCCAGAAUUUUUGUCACGACUAGUCGCUCCUUCUACAGCUGGUAUUGUGUUUGGUGUAGGAGCAACAUCAGCGCGCUUUGAGGCGGAUAGAAAAUCUCAACUCAAUCUCCGCCGAAUAGCUACCCUAGUUCUAGCCACCAUGGACGAUAAUUUCGUGACUGACCUUCCUCUUAUUCAAGAGAAGAUUGUUGAACUACUUUCCGCAACUACAACAUCCUCUCCUUCCUCAACUACUCGCGCAGAUAUCUAUCUUCUUCUCCGUGCUCUCGUUCUCAAGACUUCGGCUAUUCAUCUCGCAACCCUCUGGCCCAUAAUUAACGCCGAACUCCACGUUGCCAUCUCAUCGGUUGUAGCACCUGAUCAUAGUACCCCUUCUGACACUUAUAACAAUUACUCUAUCCUACAAGCAUGUAAGUUACUAGACACUUUACUCUGUAUUGCACCCGACGAUUUUCAAUUACACGAAUGGCUUUUCAUAACCGACACUAUUGAUGCCGUCUAUCGACCCUCUUCAUUCCGACCCGUUUCUUUAGUCGACGAAUUGAGUGAAGAAUUGGGUUUAGCGGCAACCACCAAUACAGCUGCAUUACAAGAAUCCUCUUCAGUUGCAGUUUCACAGGCAGGUAAAUAUUCUAUGAGGAGGCCUCUAUGGGAAGAAUGA